UGCGUCGUUUGUUCUGUGGCUGUCAACACGGUGUGUAAACACCUUCACGGAACAGAACCUGGAGAGGGUUUCAGUAGUUGGCAGUGCACAGGUCUGCCUCUAGUAAUUAAAUAGCUGUGAAUGGGAAAGGUUUUAUGAUAUUCUCCCCGCUGUCCCUGGAGCAUUGCAGGGUAGAGCCCGGAAGAAAAGCCAGUCUCUGGUUGUUUCAUUGUACGGAGGACGGAGGCGGCUAAUCGGCGCUUGACGACCAUGGCAGCGGCAACCGUUGUGGAGGCUGACCCGGCAGGGAGCGAAGGAGGUGCCGCCUUCACUGGAGGGGAUAACCGGGGCUGGGAUGAGUCUCAACUCCGGACAUAUUCUUUCCCUACCAAGCCCAUCCCCAGGCUGUCUCAUACGGACCCCAGAGCAGAGAUGCUCAUAAAUAACGAGGAACCGGUGGUUUUGACGGACACAAACCUUGUCUAUCCAGCUCUCAAAUGGGACAUUGCAUACCUCGAGGAGAACAUUGGGAAUGGGGACUUCUCUGUUUACACUGCAGAAAAACACAAAUUCCUCUACUAUGACGAGAAAAAAAUGGCUCUUUUUGAGAACUUUGUCCCCAAGUCUCGUCGGACAGAAAUGAAAUUCUCAGAAUUUGUGGAAAAAAUGCAAAUGGUGGAGGAAAUGGGAGGAGAGGAGAGGGUUUAUCUGCAGCAGACCCUGAAUGACACAGUAGGCAAGAAGAUAGUUGUUGACUUUCUUGGUUUCAACUGGAACUGGAUCAACAAGCAGCAAGCGAAGAGAAAUUGGGGACAGCUGACAUCCAACCUGCUGCUCAUAGGCAUGGAGGGUAAUGUGACGCCAGCUCAUUACGACGAGCAGCAAAACUUCUUUGCACAGAUCAAAGGCCAGAAGAGAUGCCUCCUCUUCCCUCCAGACCAGUUUGAGUGUCUUUAUCCAUACCCUGUGCACCACCCCUGUGACAGACAGAGCCAGGUCGAUUUUGAUAACCCUGAUUAUGAGAGCUUUCCUAAUUUUAAAAAUGUGGUUGGCUAUGAGGCGGUUGUGGGCCCAGGAGAUGUGCUCUACAUCCCCAUGUAUUGGUGGCAUCAUAUUGAGUCUCUGCUAAACGGUGGAGUGACGAUCACUGUAAACUUCUGGUACAAAGGUGCACCAACACCCAAGAGGAUAGAAUACCCCCUGCGAGCUCAUCAGAAGGUGGCCAUCAUGAGAAAUAUUGAGAAGAUGCUGGGAGAAGCACUUGGAAACCCACAUGAGGUUGGACCUUUACUGAAAACCAUGAUCAAGGGGAGAUAUGAUCAGGAUCUCAGUUAGAGUCCACUACCCUGGAAGCUUGAGGAACUGUUUGUGUGUGUGCAAGAGAGACUGCUGCGUGUGGUUUCCUCAUUCUGACUUUGGAGUUAGGUAACGCUGCAUGGCAAUAAGCGGCCAUCUUGAAACCUGUUCUGCUUCAGUCUUCGAGUGCCAUGGUCGUUGCAAAUGUGAUCACAGAACAAAAAUCUUCUCAUGGAGAUGAGUCCUGCCUGAAGAAGUCUUGUUUUUUUUCUUGUGUUUUUGAAGAAGAAGCUGAAUCUGGCUUGAGUCUGAAUACAUUUGAAUGAAAAUCUGUGUUCUCCAGCAUUAUCAGAACUCAAGCUUAUGGGUCUUUAGUUGCAUUCUCUAACCUGAUGUUUGAGUUUUAAUAUUUGGAACAACCACGAUAUUUUGACCACUAAUGGAUGAGUUAAGGGGGAAUAUGUGUACAGUACAUAUUGGUUAAAAAUGAGGAAUUUCUUAUUAACACAUAGUGCCACAGUUGUGGAUGGAAAACACAUAGAAUGACCAGACUUUGCAUCUUUACCACAGUCAGCUUUUCAAGGGAUUUCAUUCCAACCUUUAAAGAUGAUGAAAGAUGAAAAGAUGAAAUGUCUCUGUGUAAUCUGGAUUAUCUCUCCUCCCACCUUAAACAGUUAAAGUGAGUGAUCAGUGGGAGUUUUUGUUUCUAAGAAAGGUUGGUUAAGUAAUAAAACACAGAAGUGCAGUGAUUAAAAACUCAUGUGAUCAGGAACAUGAUCAAACAUAUGUGUGGGUGUGGAGAAAGAGAGCUCAUAUAUUCAUCUGAAGGAGUAUGUGACUGCUUACAGCUAAGUUAUUUUAGCUGAGUUAUUGCUUUGUGUUUUAUUUAUGCGUUUGCUUGUUUGAAUUCUAUUUCAAGGUCUUUCUUGAAUGUGCUUCCCUGCCUUUUAGAAGUACUUGAGUUGGUGUGGACAACAAAUGCUAUAAUGCAGUUUCAGUUGCAAAUAUGGUUACAUGAAACAUGAAAGGAAAAUACUGUAAGUUACUUGUCUUGAGGAAAACUAAUCAAAGUAUUUACAGGCAAUAUUUUCUUGGGAGUUUGAUGCUUCAAUUAUGAGUUGUUAAAGUCAACUGCUUUAAUGAUUUAUUUAAUAUUUACAGACUGAUCUAGGAUAUUCUGCUGUGGUUGCACCUCCAUCUUGUGGUCAAGUUUGCAGUUGCAUGCUAAGCUUGAUGUGUCAUUUAGCUGGUCCAUGCACAAAACUGCUACAAUACAAAUCUUCAGUAUGUUGUGAUAAACUGAGCAGAUACAAUUAGAUAAUGCUGCAAUGUGUAGGGAAGUCUAGCUCCUCUGCUCCUAUGGUUACUGUAGGUUCAUGAAAACGCACAUAUUUUAACCACCAUGCAGCCAUAUUGUAAAGACGUGAAGGUGUUUACACUUUGAAGUGCUCUCUUGAACUGAUGGAAAAUUGACUUUAAACAAAAGAAGAGGGUAAUUUAAGUUUUGCUGUAUGUGCCAAAUUGGUAUAUAGUAGGUGUCUCCAUUUCAUGAAAGCUUUGUUUGCCCAUGAAACUAGAUGAAUCAGUGGAUUUAGACUGCACAAUAAAAAAGAAAACCAGCUAGCACUUAAUGGUUGCUGUUUUUUCAGACUUUUGUUUUGUAGGAAUAAGGUUAAACCUCUAAACUGCUGAUACAGCAUAGAUCUAGCCCCACUGGCUGCUCUAUAUUGGUUAUAAUAUGAGUUAUUUGUCAUUUGCUUGGUUGAUUCCUGUUUACAAUUAUGUGCCUUGCUUGAGAAUAGAAUGGCAUGUCAUAUUGCAAGAACUUGAUUUUUUGAGGUUUUAUUAAAUGGUUUAGAUGUUUGUUUUCAAUCUGGCAUUAAAAAAAAAACAGCUUUAAAGUUUGCAAAGACAAGGGUUCAUAGACAUAGAGGCAUGUUUUUAAGUGCUGAAUGACUGUUUUUGUUGUGAACAUACAGUAUGUGCUCUCCUUGUUCCUCUGAGUAAAGUUUGUUUGUCAAGCUCUUAAGACCUGUGGGAACAUGUGAUUUCUGAAAAAAGGUAUGACAUUUUCUGCUUUUGAAUAAAGUAAGAAGAGUGAAUAUUCCA